AUGAAAAUAUGGACAUUUCUAGAGACAGUUGAUUCGACGUUCACUAUUACUGAUUCGGAGACCGGGACUAUGGUCGAAAUGCAUGUACCAAUCACCUCUAUCCGAUCCGCUCUUCUGGACUUCGAACAUGAAAAAGAGAUUCCUUUGGCUGCAGACCAUGUUGGCACAGCGUGCUUUAAGGGACAAGAAUCAACUACGAGAGUGAGCUUCAUUAAUGAACUUAAAACGUCCGUAUCUAUGGCUCUGCAUUUGUCUAAGAUAACAGGUAUUCCAUUGCAUGUUGAGAAAGAAAUCACGAUCCAGGUAAAUGGGUUCUUUGAAGACACAGCAAGAGGUGUCAGAGACGACUCGCCAUUGAAACUGUGGGCAAGCAACCCGCAUCUUUUCGAGUAUCUAACACGCGGGCCUUCAGCUUGUCUUCAAGAAAGACUCAAGACAGGCAAAAUUCCACCUGGUUCUUUCGAUGAUUCAUCUGUCAGUAGCUUUGAAAGCCGACCAUCCUCGGCUCGAGCUAAGUCGGUGUUUGAUUUUCCCAGCGGGACCAAGUUGCAAGAAACUGGCGUUGUUCAAACGGAGUCCAUUCCGUCAGGGCAAUCGGUGAAAAAAUGCUCCAGCUUCGUAGCCCAGUUCUCUCCUAGAAUUCACAUAACAGAGCCCACAGUGGAGGGCUAUUUUACUGCAGACCACAAGAGUUUGACGUCCGAUCUUCCGAGUCAGACACCACGGCAUGAUUGUGGCGAUGGAGACAAUGAAGUGGACGGUGAUCUGGAACAACAAAAUGAUAUCUCUGUCGCCAAUUUCGUCGCCCCCAGCCAAAAGCCAGGCUGUGAGAAACUUCUUUGGAUACAUGCCCCUUAUACGCACAGUGGAUGGGUACCUCCCAUUUUGUCCAAGGCUUGUGAAGAUCGACAGAGACCAGAAUUGGCCCGCCAUCUGGAGCCCCAUGCGCGCUUUGUACGCCCUAACUGCAUUCAUUUCCGACGAAGUAGUGCUUCACUUGCUAGCCCGGCAGAGGAUGUUUACGACCCUCAGCUAGCCUUGUAUAUUCCUUACCUACACUGGGACACCUAUUGGAACCUGCUUCAACGUCGGAAGGCCAUCGAACAGCGGCUACGACAAGGAAGGUCCAAGCCAGUUCCUGAUUCAAUAUCGAAAGCCAGCAUCGAAUCGAAAUUGAUCUGGGAAUAUCUGGGCAGUGAGCCCCCGAUCCACAUACGAAGAACGUUGGAUCAGUUCGGAUAUCCAAACUUGCGGUCCACAGCAGCCCGAGAUGAUGAUCAGAUGCUUUGGAAACGGACAAAGAAGCCAAUUGACCCCAGUGACAAACCUGGAGAACUGUCGCCAUUACACAAUGAAGACAGAUCUCCCAAAUCAUUCAUGGAUGGAAAGGUCCUCAUGGUGGACCAGCUUUGGCUUUGGAUCGUGGACCGGGGGACUGUCGUUUCCUUUUUCCCUAAGCAGGAGGCUACGACCGCUGAGAGCAAGCUCUAUGAACAAACAAAUUUAUAUAACAGCAUAUACAACGAGCUGAACGGAGACCUUGCGAGGCGCUUUGAGACCGCCGGCGAUCUCGCAGCGUUAAUAGUGUUGCAUGCAGUAACUGUUCUCCUCGACAGAACGCUGCAUCAUGAUCUGCAGACUGAAUCAAUGACGAAAUCAUUCAAACGAUUUCGAAGCCGAGGUUUUAUUACCAGGCCUGCAGAUUGCAAUAAGACGCCCGAUGGAAAGACAAUGACUACCGCAGAGCGUAAUGAAAGAGACCAUCGAGUUGCUAGCCAGAACCGUGAAGACCUGUCCACUUUACUGGAGCUAAGGGAUAUCGUAGACGAAUUAGGCACUAUAUUGAAACUCCUGGAACAGCAAACGACAACUAUCAAGACCAUGUCCAGCUACUUCGAAGAGAGAGGUUACGGCAAAUUUUUCAUAGCUGCUGCACUGGAUAGACUAGACGACUACCGCAACCAGGUCCUCGAGAUGAAAGAAAAUGCGCACUCGGCUCAGAAAGCUGUGGAAAAUCUCCUCGAUCUCAAACAAAAACAAGCAAAUGUUGACGAGGCCCGGAUGGCUCGAUGGCAAGCCGAAGUAACCCAGGACCAAUCCCAAUCCGUGAUGAUGCUUACAAUCGCAGGCCCAAUAUCAGCAGCGGUUAUUAUCAUUGCCUUGCUCAUGGCAUUCAGCGAGCGACUUCGAGAGUCGGCAACAAAGGCCCAACAAGUUGCCAUUGGAAUGACCAAAGAUCUCGUUUUCGUUCCCAUUGGGAAAAUAUUCCGGCGAGAGGGGAAGGGGUCCCCGUCAAUGUCUAUGGAGAUCACGAAUAAAAAGGACCGGUUUGGUCGGUAUCUGGGACAUCGGCACUAUAAAGAGGAUGAGGAUAUCUGGGACAGCAUGAAGACCGCAUGA